AAAGAAGGUCCGACUCAGCCAAAAAGGCUCCGCCACCUUUCUUCUUGCAUUCUCUCUUCCCUGUUCGCGAGUCGCAGCUCCUCUUUGGCUCAAUUCUCAUUCUUGGAUCAAAUUCCAUUCUUUGAUCCUCCCAAUUUCACUAUAACCACUCUUAGUCUCUUGCGUAGUCUCGCAGUUUUCGCUUCUCUGGAUAAUGGCUGCUGCGGUGUUCCACCAAUGUAUUGGGGCCAUUCAGGUUCACAGUUGUGGCACUGAGAAAUCUGGGAAUUCCUCAUUAAGGUUUACCUCAAGGGGUUUUGUUAUUGAUUGUGGAUUGUUAAGGAAAGGAACUUGUAGCUCUCAUCGGUGUAAAUUGCAUGUAAUACGUGCAUGUACUUCCGAUGCUUCAGUGAUGGAUCCUAUUUCAUCUACCUCCCACAAUGCCAUUGACAGUUCUCAAAACACUUCAAUUGAAACUGCAUUGAUACUAAUUCGGCAUGGUGAGUCUUUGUGGAAUGAAAAGAAUUUGUUCACUGGUUGUGUUGAUGUGCCUUUAACCAAGAGGGGUGUAGAGGAAGCAGUUGAAGCUGGUAAAAGAAUCAGUAAUAUACCUGUAGACAUGAUUUUCACAUCUACACUGAUUCGUGCACAAAUGACUGCCAUGCUUGCCAUGACUCAGCACCGCCGCAAGAAGGUGCCUAUAGUCAUGCAUAAUGAGAGUAAAGAAGCAAAAGCAUGGAAUCAGAUUUACAGUGAAGAGACCAAGAAGCAAUCAAUUCCAGUUAUAACAGCCUGGCAAUUGAAUGAAAGAAUGUAUGGGGAAUUACAGGGUCUUAAUAAGCAGGAGACAGCUGAAAGAUAUGGAAAGGAAAAAGUGCAUGAGUGGCGUCGAAGUUUUGAUAUUCCUCCCCCUAAUGGUGAGAGUUUGGAAAUGUGUUCACAGAGAGCUGUUGCUUACUUUAGAGAACAUAUUGAACCCCAUCUUCAAUCUGGAAAGCAUGUGAUGGUUGCUGCACACGGGAAUUCACUGAGGUCUAUCAUCAUGUACCUUGAAAAAUUAACUUCUCAGGAGGUCAUUAGCUUAGAAUUAUCAACUGGGAUACCGUUGUUAUACAUAUAUACAGAGGGAAAAUUUAUGAGGAGAGGAAGUCCUGUGGGAGCUACAGAGGCUGGUGUUUAUGCAUAUAAUAGGACUUUAGCUCUCUACAGGCAAGAAUUGGAUGAAAUGCUGCACUAACUUUUUCAGAAAAAGUGGGUAAUUUUUCUUUUGUUCUUGAUGGGGACUUUUCAGAGGAUAUAAAACUUUUGAAGCACUGGUGAAAAAAGCAAGCUCGUUGCAACGUAGGAAUCAAUUAGGAAUCACUACAGGCUACAGCCCUCCCAUUCUUUAAAGGAAUCAAUUAGGACAAUGCAAUAGGCAUGGAGUAUUAUACUGUAACACAUGGAGACUGUCACAAUAACUGGGAAAGGAAACACACUCACACACACACAUUGUACGUACAAGGUUGCAAAUGUUGUGUUGGAAUUUGGUGAUAUUUAAUAAAAUUAAGCUAGUACAGGUGCAUUUUUGCA